GAGAGGAGGAGGAGGAGGAGGAGGAGGAAGAUAGCCACAGUGAGCUAGCAUCAGUGUCUGACUGCAACAGACCAAACGCUCAUGAAACCAUCAUGUCAACGUCGCCCCGUGUUGUUAGGGUGUGACUUUUCGUCGUGUGCGUGCGGAAAAACGCACUGAAAUGUGAGCCGUUGGCUUGGCUUAUUUUAGCUUAGCUUAGCGCGAGGACAGACGGGGGACAUCGGUGUCCCUGAGCAGCAGCAGCAGCAGCCUGUCUUCGGAUGUUAGAGUGUCAUAAAAAAAAAAACACAUCCCUAAACCACCUCGGUGAGCUGAGCUGAGCUGAGGUGAGGACAGCAGCUCCCGGCUGAAGUGAGAAGGCAGCGGGGGAGAAGAGCAGCAGCAGCAGCGCCGCAUCACCAUGAAGUUCACAGAGCAUCUCUCCGCUCACAUCACCCCGGAGUGGAGGAAACAGUACAUCCAGUAUGAGGCUUUCAAAGAGAUGAUCUAUGCUGCUCAAGACCAGGCUCCAUCUGUUGAAGUCACCGAUGAAGAUACAGUCAAGAGGUACUAUGCCAAGUUUGAGGAAAAGUUCUUCCAGACAUGUGAAAAAGAACUGGCCAAGAUCAACACCUUCUACUCUGAAAAGCUGGCCGAGGCUCAGCGGCGCUUCGCCACGCUGCAGAAUGAGCUGCAGUCCUCGUUGGACGCCCAGAGAGAGAGCACGGUGCAUGGGCGGGGCCUGAGGAGAAGGAAGACGGUGUUUGCCCUGUCGCAGCAGGAGCGAUGCAAACACAGAAACAUAAAGGACCUUCAGCUGGCCUUCUCCGAGUUCUACCUCAGCCUCAUACUGUUGCAGAACUACCAGAACCUGAACUUCACAGGUUUCAGGAAGAUCUUGAAGAAGCAUGACAAGAUUUUGGAGACACCGAGGGGGGCCGACUGGAGGGUGGUCCAUGUCGAAGUGGCUCCAUUUUACACUUGCAAGAAAAUCACACAGCUCAUCUCGGAGACGGAGGCGUUGGUCACAACAGAGCUGGAAGGUGGUGACAGACAGAAGGCCAUGAAGAGGCUGAGGGUCCCUCCACUGGGAGCUGCACAGCCUGCUCCUGCCUGGACCACCUUUAGAGUUGGACUUUAUUGCGGCGUUUUCCUGGUCUUAUUGGUUUCUGUGGUCAUCACAGGAGCUGUGGUGAUUGAUAGCGAUGAUGUUUGGCCUAUGGUCAGGAUCUACAGAGGAGGAUUCCUUUUAAUAGAGUUCCUCUUCCUGUUAGGCAUUAACACGUACGGCUGGAGACAGGCAGGAGUCAACCAUGUGCUCAUAUUUGAGCUCAACCCCAGGAACAACCUGUCUCACCAACAUCUGUUUGAGAUUGCAGGUCUGCUGGGUGUGCUGUGGUGCGUCAGCCUGCUGUCGUGUCUCUUUAGGAACAGCAUCCUGGUGCCAAUGCAGGCAAACCCUCUGGCUCUCUACGGCUUCUUCUUCCUCUUCCUCAUCAACCCCCUCAAGAUGUGCUACUACAAGUCACGCUUCUGGCUACUUAAACUCCUGUUCCGAGUGGUGACCGCCCCGUUUCAUCGCGUAGGCUUCGCAGACUUUUGGCUCGCUGACCAGCUCAACUCUCUGGUGGUGGUUCUGAUGGAUCUGGAGUACAUGAUCUGUUUCUACAGUUUUGAACUGAACUGGAAGAAACAUGACGGACUCAUCAGCAGUGAAGGUAGAGACGUGUGUAAUUCAUACUCCUAUGGCGUCCGUGCGGUGAUUCAGUGCCUUCCUGCGUGGUUCCGAUUCGUCCAGUGUCUCCGACGUUACCGUGACACCAAGCGGGCCUUCCCUCACCUGGUGAAUGCUGGGAAAUACUCAACAUCUUUCUUUGUUGUCACCUUUGCUGCCCUGUACAAGACACACAAAGCCGAAUCUCACGCUGAUACCCACAUCUUCCUCUACUUGUACAUCUGCUGUUCCGUGAUCAGCUCAUGUUACACACUGGUGUGGGAUCUAAAGAUGGACUGGGGCCUGUUUGACCGCAACGCAGGAGAGAACGCCUUCCUGAGAGAGGAGAUUGUCUACCCUCAUAAGGCGUAUUACUACAGCGCUAUAGUGGAGGAUGUGCUGCUGCGUUUCUCAUGGACUUUGACCGUCACCCUCAACACAGUCUCUGGCUUUCAUGGCAUGUCUGACGUUCUGACUACUGUGCUCGCCCCGAUGGAAGUCUUCAGGCGCUUUGUGUGGAACUUCUUCCGACUGGAGAACGAGCACCUGAAUAACUGUGGUGAGUUCAGGGCCGUCAGAGACAUCAGCGUGGCUCCGCUCAACGCUGACGACCAGACGCUGCUGGAGCAGAUGAUGGACCAGGAGGACGGAGUCAGGAACCGACAGGGAAAGAAGAACUGGAAGAGGAGCUACAGCAUGAGUCUACGUAGGCCACGGCUCGCCUCACAGUCCAAAACCCGUGACACCAAGGUUCUGAUAGAGGACACUGACGAUGACUCCUGACAUCAGGCCACGCCCCUCGCCUGGGUCCAGAAUUUGUUCAAAGGAGGGAACUCCACCUCCUAACCGACAAGUUACCCGGCGAGUGUGGCGUUGAAACUCAACAAAAGGACGAGUUUCAAACUCUCAUGCCUACAUAAUAUUCUACGUUUUCAGUGCAGGAGCCUCUGCUCGGGUUCACACUGAAAUACACUCGAUUAAACAAACCCAGCAGAGGGUCAUCACACUCCUCCUCCUCCUACCUUCGUGAGGCUUUUCACUUCAACUCCACCAGAUGACAAACCUGUGUCUCUGACUCCACUUCAGCCGCAGCCUCGCAUGAAUGGAACGCAGAACAUUCGUCCUCAGAGACAGCAAGCGUCCCCUGCUCCCUCACGGUGCCACACCACUACUCCCUCACAGAACGAGGCCGACCACACCGAGUUGACCGCUGCUGAAAAGUUCCCCUCCUCCUGCUCUCAGCUGCAGGAGAAAGGCCUUGAAUAAAUGAAGAACCAUUUAAACCUCAUGUCCACCUGUAAUCUGGAUCCUGGAGUGAAUGGGAAGAAAAGGGUGACAGACGUUGGUCCCCGGUCUGACGGCACAGUGUUCCUGCACAUUGACACUGUCGCUGCUCUACAGCUUCAUCACAGAGCUGCCUACGUGCACCUUACAUGCUUCACACACACACACACACACACACACACACACACACACACACACACACACACACUUGCACUUUGUAGGAAGUGUGAGGUGAUUCCUAUAGUGUGUUUGAACUCACACCCAGUGAUUUUAAUGUUUUAUUGUUCAUGGACGUGCAUAGCUAGAGAAAGCUCACACACACACAUACAUACACACACACACACAUACACAUACAUACAAAGAGAGACUAUAUUAUUUGUAAUGGUUGUAAAUAAGAAAAAGGACCAAAGCAGGAGGUGGUGAUUAGUGUGAGAACACCAAACAGCAGUUUUUGUUUUCAGGUCAAGGAUUGUUGUCUUAUUUGUCCCACAGAAACUUCCAGUCACACCGUGUGACGAAGAAUCCUCCUUUUGGAAUAGUGAAACUUUUUUUUUUUUUUUUUUGCUGAAUGUUUGCCAACAUAUUUAUGUGUGGAUGCGUGGGAGAGACACCCGGAUGUACCACCUGUGUGUCAACCCAUUUAGGUCAGUCCGCUUUUGAAAAACUUCAACAACAACAAAAAAAAAAGGAGUGAA